GUGGCGAAGCCUGCAGAGCUGCUGCCAACGCCGAGAAACAAUCAGCAAACAGAUAGCAGGGAGGAGCGAUGACAGAUUAAAGGUUAAAAGAGAGUGAUAAGGAGAACCUUGACCCCCAGCAACGCAAAAGAGGAGAGGAAAAGAGGAAGAGGAGGAGGAGGAAAGAUGGAGGGAAGUGUGCAGAGGAGUCCUAGCAGAGCCGAACCGUCCAGCCCAUCUGGACGAUCGGCCCUCCCUGAGCUGCGAGUGAUUCUGCUGGGCCGCCGAGGAGCAGGCAAAAGCUCCACGGGUAACACCAUUCUAGGAGCAGCGAGGGGUUUCGAAGUGGACCGCUGGACCGAAGAAUGCACCAAACAGAGAGGGGACAUGAUGGGCCGUCGCGUUCUGGUGGUGGACACCCCCGGUUGGGAGUGGUACUACUCGGCCAACGGCACGCCAGCCUGGGUCACCCGCGAGGCCAUGCGCAGCAUGUCACUGUGCCCUCCCGGCCCGCACGCCUUCCUGCUCAUCCUGCGCUCGCGCGCCUCCGUCACGGGCGACUUCGUGCGCCAGGCCAAGCGCCACCUGGACAUGCUGGGAGCCGACGACAGCGCCUGGCAGCGCACAAUGCUGGUGGUCACCCGCGGCGAUGAACAGGGCCCCACCGACAUCUCCGGCGUGGAGACAUCGCCGCGUGCCGAGAGGGAGGCCUUCCGCGAGCUCCUGCAGCGAUGUGGGGGCAGGUGCCACGUGAUGGAGAACCGGCGCCGGGUCUCGUCCCCCGGUAACGGCGGCGGUGACGACCGGCAGCAGGUGGCUGAGCUGCUGGUGAAGCUGGAGGAGAUGGUGGCGGCGGCCGGCGGCGGUCACCUGGAGGCCCGGGCGGCGCCGCUGCUGCAGGGCCUGGAGGCCGAGGGCCGGCGGAGGGGCAGGGAGAGGAGGAAGAAGCAGCGGCAGAUGGAGGCACAGGCCCAGAGGAGCUGCAUCAGGGCGGCACUCAGCAGUGACCACCCCCCAUCUGAGGACCAGGAGGACCGGCAGUUGUUCCCCAGGGGAGGCCGGCGUCUCCCCGAGCUCCGACUGCUCCUGCUGGGGGAGCGAGAGACGGGAAAGACCUCCGCUGCCAACACACUCCUGGGCCAAGCGCUCUUCCAGGCAGGCUCAGCCACAGAGGAGAGUGGCAGGGGCCAAGCUGAUGUUGCGGGCCGCAAGCUGACCGUGGUAGACACCCCCGGCUGGGAGGGCGGACCUGAGGGGGGCACCCCGGAGAGGGUGAAGCGUGAGAUCAUUGCCGGGGUGGCACUGUGCCCACCAGGGCCCCACGCGGUGCUGGUGACGCUGCGGGUGGACGUGGUGGUAGGGGCAGCGGCGGCGUCAUGCCUGCAGGAGCAGAUGGCGUCGCUGGGUGAGGGCGUGUGGCGGCACGCCAUGCUCCUCUUCACUCGUGGCGACAAGCUGCGCCCUGGUGUGACGGCCGAGCAGCACAUCAACAGCGGCGGCCUGCACCUGCGGCAGCUAGUGGAGCGUUGCGGUAACCGUUACCAUGUUCUUAGCAACGUUGCCCCUGCCUCGACAACAGCGACCGUACGACCGUCAAAGGAGGUGGCGGAACUGCUGGACAAGGUGGAGAGAAUGGUGGCGGGCAAUCGGUGCGAGGCCUUUUCACCACUCGUGCACGACAUCCAGCAGCUGGGCCGCAGCAAGAACGAACGCUACCACCUGAGGCUGCGGGACCUGAACGAUCGCCUGCAGCGGCAGGAGAAGGAGCUCAAGAGGCUCCGAGAGGGGGAGGUCAAGAGCCUCCGCUGGAGCAUCCUCCGGAAGAGGGAGAAGGGGAAGCACAGCCCAAGAGGAGGGGGAGGAGAGGAGGAGUCUGGGAGGGAGAGCACCCCUGAAAAGGGAGGUGAGGACCAGAGAAGCCUGAUAAGUGAGCUGGAGGACAGGAUGACAUGGCUGACGGAGGACAAGGAGAGAGAGAUCCAGGACCUGACACUGGAGAACGACCGUCUGGCUGCCGAGUUGGAGCGCGUCUUCCGAGAAAAGCAGGAGGCGACCAUGGAGGCGGAGGACAAGAGCCGGGAGGUGGACGAGCUGACGGAGAAGGUGGAGGAGCAGCAGGUGAAGACCAUGGAGCUGGAGCAACAGAACCUGGCCCUGCAGCAGCAGAAACGACAAAUGGAGUGCACAUGGAAGACAGAGACGAAGGAGUGGGCUGCGAAGCUGGAGCAGGCACAGAGAGAUGCGGACAACUUAAAGCUCAAAUGCGAUGAAGACGUCUCACAAGUGAGGAUGGAGAUGGAAAAGAGGUUGAAGGACAAAGAGAACGAGAUGAAGAGGCAACUGCUAGAAAAAGAGAGGAAAAUGGAAGAGAUUGAACAGCAGAACGCAAAGAAGGAGAUAGAGAGGGUGUCAAAGCAGAAGGAGUUGGAUGCAAAACGAGAAGAAGAAAUGACCAGACUGAAAUACAGUAUUCAGGAGAAGAUGACAGAGCUGGCAAGGCUUGAGCAACUGAAUCAGAGCAAAGAAAAGGAGAUUGAGGGAGAGAGAAAGAGAAACACCGAGAGUCUAAAAAGGCACAAAGACAUGGAAAAUGUACUCCGCGAGAAAGAAGAGGAGAUCUCUGGGCUGCAUCGCUCGCACAAGGAGCAGAGCGCGAAAAGAGAAGCAGAAAUGAAGAGAAAGGUGGAUGAAAGAGACGGGCAGAUCAUUCUUUUGAAACGACUCAACCAAGAGAAAGAAAAAGAGGCAGAGCAAUUGCAGAAAACAGUUAAACAAAUCCAGAGAGACCUGAGUGACGCCAAGGCCGAGUUCCAGAGAAAAGAAUCCGAGAAUGGUCUGCUCGUCAAGAACAUGGAAGAGGAUCACAGAGCAAGGGAGGAGGCGCUGAAGGCAGAGAUCGAAAGAACCAAUAAGCAAAAGGAGAAGAUGAAAUCCCAGCACGAGCAGGAAACUAAACGGGCAGAGGCAGAGAAGGCGCUAGCCUUGGAGACGAAAGACGACACCAUCAGACACCUGGAAGAGGAGAAGCGAGAGGCGGAGAAACAUCUGGUGGAGGUGCGGCAACAGCUCAAAGAGAGCCAGAAGCGGUUGGAGGAUCUGCAGGAGAGGAGGCAGGAGAUGGAGGGAGAGAUCCAGCAACUCCAGCAGAAGAGCGAGGACCUCCAGAGGGACCUCCAGACCCAGAGGGCCAACCACGAGAGGAGGCAGGUCGAGCUGGAGGACCUGCUGCAGCAGAGCCGAGAGACUGUGCGAGUCAAGGAGGCCCAGCACAUGGAGGUGGUGCAGGAGCACCGGCAUGAGGCCACGGAGCUGCGGCUGACCAACGAGACACAGCGCAGGGAGGCAGACAAGAUGCGAGAGAGGAUGGAGGGACAGGAGAGCCAGAUGAAGGAGAUGAAAGGAUACUACGAGCAGAAGCUGGCCGAGAGGCAGGCUGAGCAGCAUCUGCAAGAAACGGAGAGAGAGCAGGACCUGAGCAGAAGGGAGAGAGAGCUCAAGAUGUCCGAACUUCAGGUCACAAAUAAGAUGAAGGAGCUGCAGAAGGAAAAAGAAGAGCUCAACCGACGAGAAGUGGAGCUGACGGAACAAGAAAAUAACCUAAGAAAGAGAGAGGAAGACCUGGGGAAACAGGAGUGUGAGCUUGGACAACAGAAACAAAACAUAGAGCAUCUUCAAGAAAGUUAUCAACUGAAAAUCGAAGGCCUAAGGGAGAAAGAGCAAGAGAUAAAAGAGAAAGAAUCUCAACUACAAAAGCAAGAGGAAGAAAUAAAACACCUAGAACAAAAAAUGACUGGACGGGAACUCGGUGUUGAAAGCAAAGAGAGUCAGCUUGAAAAGAAAAGUGAGGAACUCGGCCUUAGAGAGAAAGACAUGGAGAACUUCCAUCUUACACUUAAGAAAAUGGAGAGUGACCUGACGGAGAAAGACCAAGCACUGAAGGUUAAAGCCCAGGAACUGGAAAAGAGAGGGAAUGAACUUGAAGCUGCAGAGGAUAAGUUGGAAAAAGGUAAUCAAGACCUAAAAUCCAGAUCAGAGCAGACACAUCGAGACUUGGAGAGAGUUCGACAGGAAUUAGAGAGGAAAAGAGAAGAAGCGGACAAAAGGGAGGAAGAACUAAGAAAGACAGAUGAGGUGCUGACCAAUGAGAAGCAAGAGAUUGAGAACAGUAAACGUGAACUGAUCUCUGCCAAAGAAGAGCUAGAGAUGAAUAGAACUGAACUGCUAAGACAUGAAGAGGAGGUCAAGGAGGAAUGCCUCAAGAGAGAAGGGAAUCUGGAGAGAAGGGAGAAUGAACAGGGCAAAAAAGAGCAAGCCCUGAAACAGCUGGAAGAAAAAUGUGAAAACAUUUCCCAGGAACUGGAUGAUAAGCAUCAGGACCUUACUGAGAAAGGAAAGAGACUACAGGAAAAAGAACAACAGCUCUUAAGCCAGGAACAUCGACUGAGUUGUGCAGAACAAGACCUUUCAGAAAAAGAAAAACAACUGGAGAAUAAACUUCAUGAAUGUAGGAUGAAAGAAGAGGAUGUGGAAAAACAAGCUUUGAUUCUGGAGAAAAAAGAAGCUGAACUUCAAGAGAAAGAACUCUACUUCAGAAAUCAAGCGGAUGAACUGGAGAACCAGAGGCUAAACAUUGAUAAAAAGGAAAGUGAACUUCAGAAAAGGGAACUAGAGCUCCAAGAAAGGGAAGAAUCACUUGUGAGUAGGGAGAAGGAAAUUGAAGGAUGUCAAGUUGCACUAGAGAAGAGCUUACAAGAGCUGGAGAGCAAAAAAGAAGACAUAGUGAGACAGGAGGGCCUCCGUGAGCAUGAGCUUAACAACAAAGAAUAUGAACUAGAACAAAGAACCAAUGAGCUAGAACAUAGAGAACAGGAACUCUUUACAAUUGAAGAAAUUCUUAAAAGUAAGAUGCAGGAGGUAAAUGCAAUGGCUAAGAGACUGGAGGAAGGCAGACAAGAACUAACAGACAUCAUUCAAAGAGAGGAGAAUCUCGAGAAGAGAGUUGUUGACAUUGAAAACAAAAAGAUUGGCAUACAGGAACAGCAUCUACUGAAGAAAGAGGAAGAUUUUGAGAAAAGAGAAAGUGAGGUGCAGAAACAGGAACUGGCACUGGUCUGCCAGGAGCAAAAUCAGGCCAAGAGGUCACAAGACCUUGAAAGACAAUUGCAAAACCUCGAGGAAAGGGGGCGGAGGAUGACGGAAAAAGAACUAGAGCUACAAAACCUAGAAAAACAACUGAGCAGCAGAGAAGACCUCAUCAGCAUUAAAGAGAAUGAAAUGGACAAAUAUCAACAUCUGGACAGGAUGGAAGAAGUCCAUAGACAAGGGCAGCUCAAACAGAAAAAUGAGUUUGAUGCAGGAACUGAAAGUAUGAAUGAAUCACAGGAGAACCUUCUGAGGGUCAAACAGGAGCUGGAGAAGAGAAAAGUUGAGAUUGACAGCAGAGAAAAGCACUUAGGAGACCAGGAGCAGAACAUGAAAAAGAAGGUUCUGGAGUUAGAGCAGUGGGAGAAAUACCUGUACAACACAGAACUCAGACUAGUGAGUAAGUCUAAGGCUCCUGGGGGCAGAGGAUGGAGCAGGGACGCAGCAGAGCUAGAGAGGACAGAGCAAGAGCUGAGCCAAGCAGAAAAAACUCUGGACGAUCUGCUGAAUGAGAGGAGAGAGAGAAAAGAGAACGGAGGACUUGAGGAGAAGGACAGUGAGGAGGAGGAGGAGGAGGAGAGUAUCAAUAAAAUGAAUGGCACAGAGAUGGAGAGAAGAGAAACUGAGCUCAUCCACAAACUCACAGACAUGAAAAAUCGACUAGAGGAGCUCAUCUCUGGCCCUGGAGGAGAGGUGGAUGCCUGUAAUGACCUGAGUGAGGAGACACAGCUGGACACGGAGAGACAGUUGGAGACUAGUCAUGUGAGGCAGCCACAGGUCAACAGGACCAAGAGUCGUCCUGGAGCCACACUGGGAGUCAAGGUAAGGGCAAACAGCGAGGGAGAGGAUGAAAGCGACAGUGACCAUCACAAUGAAGACUACCACCAAUCUCACAGCUCUCUCAACAUCACACCAGAUCUUGUGCCCAGGGUCCCAGAGCUGAGGCUGGUGCUCCUAGGAGAGGCCUGGUCUUCACGGCACCCAGCUCGCCACAUCUUCCUGGGCCAGGACUUGGACGACACCAGGGCGCCCUGGAAGGGGCAGGUGGCCGACAGGAAGGUCAGCCUUGUGGAACCUUCCGGUCUCAAGUGGCGCUCAUGCAGGAUCCCAACGGCAGCACAGCACCGGGACGUCCUGCAGAGCAUCUCCCAGUCUCAGCCAGGCCCCCAUGCGUUCCUCCUCAUCAUACCGGCCUACCUGUCCUUCACACGGGCAUACCGGCACGCAGUGCAGGCCACGGUGGCAGCACUCGGGGAUGAGGCCUGGAGGCACAGCCUGGUGGUGCUCACCUGGGGGGAGGCUCUGGGGGAGAGCCCCCAGCAGCACCUCCUCAGGAACAGGGACCUCCAGUGGCUAGUGGGGAGGUGUGGGGGCAGGUACCAUGUUCUGGGCCAUGGUAAGCAGAGAGACAAGCAGGUGGCAGAGCUGCUGGAGAAGAUUGAGAGAAUGGUAGCGAGGAAUGGAUACAUGCAGCAGAGUGACUAGAGAGGAAGAGAUCAGAUGUGUGUGUGUGUGUGUGUGUGUGUGUGUGUGUGUGAGAGAGAGAGUGUGUUUGUGAUUGUAACUAAUAAGGUAUUGAUAAUACUGUAUCAAGGAACUAAUUACUUUUGGGCUUCCUCUAAAACAUAUGCACAAACACAAACAAUGCAGAGGUGUCAUAAUGUAUCAAAUAACCAUAUUCCAUCUUCACGUAUGCAUGCAUACAGUAUAUUCAUACUCUGCUGCGCGUCGGGGUCCGGUUCGCCCUGUCGGGACUUAUUUUCCCAAUAAUGACCGGCAUUCUAUACAUUAUCCCUUACAAAUAUGCAUUCAUAAAUAUAUUACAUUUGCAAAUGUCCUAUUUAUAACAGUACUUAACCCCAAUAAUAUCCAGUAAGGUAGAAUGUUGUGUCUUUGAGCUGUGUGUGUGGUAUUCAAUAUUGUGUGUAUAGUGUUAAAUUGUGACAAGGUUGUACCGUGUAGGCUACCAUCACAAAUAUGUACUUCCAAAGUCAAUGUAGACAUCAAUUUUUCAUUCAAUAAAGUUUGGUGUAUGCCCA